AUGGAUGUGGCACCUGAAGAGCUUCCUGGACUCUAUUCUUGGGUUGAUGGGAUUCCAUUGUCAAGGCCGAAGAGAAACAUCGCUCGGGAUUUCAGCGAUGGAGUACUAGCGGCGGAAGUUGUAGCACAUUAUUGCCCACGGCUUGUGGAUAUUCACAACUACAGUGCUGCCAACAGUCUUGCUCAGAAGAUUUACAACUGGAACACUCUCAACAACAAGGGUUUUAGACGUUUAAACUUUUCCUUAACCAAGGAAGACGUCGAGGCAGUGGCAAAUGCUGAAAACCAAAUGAUCGAAAGAAUACUUAAGCUUUUGAAAUAUAAGAGUCCGAAAAGGACAGAUUCUCCAGAGAGACAGGAAAAGGAUGGGAUGAAUGAAUCCCAAAAGGAUAUUCAACUCCAAGAGCUCCGGGAGACAAUCGAGAAAGAGCUUGCUUAG